AGGGAGAAAGCAAGAGGAGGCGGUUAGUCUUUGUAGUCGGUGAGGAAUGCGGAAACGCUCCUGCUCUGUGUCAAACUGCUCUGAAGGGGGUCAAGGCACAUUCAGCCAGCGUGGGAAAGCGAGGAGGAGACCGAGCACACACACACGCUGCAUAUUCCUGCAUAGAUGGGAAAAACAUAAAGGGGGAAGGACGGCCAUAGCAGAUCGAUGAAAAUCAGUCCCUGUUUGAUCCACUCCGCUUUCUAGGGGGACUGAUCAGACGAUCUUUCACUUGAUUUGCUGUUGCAGUGGUGUGGUACUGCUGGGAGAUGGGGCUUAGCGCGUGCACCAUCCGACUACCUGUGUGGCCCGUUGCGAGGACACUGCACGAGCUGUGAUGCGUGUGGAGACGCUGGGAAACUUACUGAAGUUUAUGAAUGACGCGACUCUCCGGGCGGAAUAUAACAAACGGGGCAGUGCACGUGCCAGCGCCGCUCUCCCAAUAAUGCCUUUGUGAAAUAUCCGCGCACUCGUCACGUUUCGGGAUUCCCCGCAAUACCUCGCCGUGAGAAAAAAAAAUGGACAAAGAGACCCAACAGUAUGAGCCGGUGGCUGAGAUCGGCGAAGGUGCAUACGGAAAGGUGUACAAAGCACGGGAUUUGAAGAACGGGGGCCGCUUUGUAGCCCUAAAAAGAGUUCGGGUGCAGACCGAGGAAGAGGGAAUGCCGCUGUCAACCAUCCGCGAGGUGGCGGUGCUGAGGCAGCUCGAGUCCUUUGAGCAUCCCAAUGUUGUCAGGUUGUUUGACGUAUGCACAGUUUCCAGGACAGACCGGGAAACCAAACUAACUUUGGUCUUUGAGCACGUGGACCAAGAUUUAACCACAUAUUUGGAGAAAGCACCUGAUCCAGGAGUGCCACCUGAAACCAUAAAGGAUAUGAUGUACCAGCUGCUGCAGGGUCUGGAUUUCCUCCACUCUCACCGUGUGGUUCAUAGAGAUCUUAAGCCUCAAAACAUUCUAGUCACCAGUGGAGGACAGAUCAAGCUGGCUGAUUUUGGUCUGGCACGGAUCUACAGCUUUCAGAUGGCUCUUACUUCCGUGGUGGUGACGUUAUGGUAUCGUGCUCCUGAGGUGCUGCUUCAGUCCAGCUAUGCUACUCCUGUGGAUCUGUGGAGCGUCGGUUGCAUCUUUGCUGAGAUGUUCAGACGGCGCCCUCUUUUCCGUGGAAACUCUGAUGUUGACCAGUUAGGCAAGAUUUUUGAUGUGGUGGGGGUCCCUUCUCCAGAGGACUGGCCACAGGAAGUGGGCUUGCCACAGAGUGCCUUUUCCCCUCGCCCUCCCCAACCCAUAGAGGACCUGGUGCCUGACAUGGAUGAGCUGGGCAAAUCACUUUUACUUCGUUUCCUGUCAUUUAACCCCUCCAGAAGGAUAUCAGCUUACGAUGCACUGUCUCACCCAUACUUCCAGAGUCUCGACAGCACCAGCAAGAGUCUGUACGCCCAACCCUUCCCCAGCAAAAAGCCCUCCCUGGAGGAGAGAGCUGCUUGAAAAGACAUGGUUUCCCACUGUAGACAAAGACGCCCAUCCAGUACCCCUAUGAACUAGUCUUCCAUAGCAUCUCGUCACAUGCUGCUUUGAAAAAUAUCGCCGCAACUAUUGGUCGAUGGUGUUUUGUCUUUGCCCUCACUACUGCCAGCUAAUACAGAUCAACAACAUGCUGCCUGGAAUUACAUGUUUAACAAUAUCAGAAGCUGCUCUCGUCUCCCACCCACCUUCCUCAAAGGAAGUUUGUCUGCUCAGAGGAAAAUGUGCUUCUCGGAUCUGAAGCCGCACCAUAACACUGCCAGGGAUCGUCCGUCUGUUUGCAUAAAUGCAAUGUACAGGUCUAAACUGAGUCUUAGCUGCACAUCACUGCCUUGAAACAGCAAGGUCUUACGUGGGGCCGUGUCAGUCUCACUUGGAUUAAGCAAAUGUAGAACCACAACUACUGCCAAUUCAGGCCCGUUGAACGGAACCUCUUAUUUUACACUUUAAGAUAUAAUCGCAAAUUCACUUCAUUUUUUUUGUUGUUUUUUUUGAGCUCACACUUUCGAAGUCCUCUUAGUCACAAUCCAGGAGGAUUUCUGAAUUGUUUUCUGCCACGUUGUUACUCUGCAGUUUCAUCAGGAGAGUGUGGACACGUCUCCUCAUCUGACUUUUUGCUUUGAUGACAGACUGCAUAACCACAGACACGCAGAAUCAUUUAGUGCUCUAUUUAAUAUGGCAUUUCUUCACAGCAUCCUGGUGUCAUUUGAAUCGUCCAGGACAAAGCUCCCAAAUGCUCCGAAGCACUAUUUAACACCAUAUUUCCAUGACAUUAUUAUAAUGUACUUGUUUUUUUUUUUUCUUCAAUAUAAAUUCCACAUCCUGCUCACUUAUUUUAUUAUGUCAGUGUUGAUUGUUGACAUUUUUUUGGCAUGUCUUACUUAUAGUGAACUUGAAGGUGUAGGUUGUUGUAGAAAACUCGUCGAUACGUACACCAAACAGUCUGCACCCUGUCGUCAGGGAUUUAGUGCCGCAACGUAGCCGAAGGAUGACCCGCGCGGGGUCGCAUGUUGACUUUAGGGUUGAUUUAGAGCAGAUGCAAGCUGAGAAGGAUAACAGGAAUACGUAGUUUUGAAAGUUUAGUAAAAGUAGCUAUAGAGUCGGCGAGUGUUAAGUUCGAGGUCAGGUUGCGAGAUUCGUUCGAGGCUCGGAGAGUAGCGUAUUACCCCAUAAUUCAUUAAGUCCAGGUCCUUCUGUACAUGCAAUUCUACAUCCUUCCAUUUCCAUUUUCACUUAAUUGUCUGGAUAGAUUAAUAUCCGCUAAAUGGGUUGCUUUCAGUGCCGAACAAGUGGAUGGAAGGAAGGACGCUGCUUCACAAUUUAGCAUUUCACCGGGUAAAUCCAGGUGAAGCUGUUUGAUGAGGGAUGAGGAAGCUAUAGGCAGGCACUGUAACUAGUACUACAAAACAUUCACACAGUUAAAGGCAUAGUUCACCCAAAAAUAAAGAUUCUGUCAUCGUUUACUCACCCUCAUGUUGCUCCAAACCUUCUGGUGGACCACAAAAGAAGGUAUUUUGAAGAUUUGUGGCAGCCAACCAGUUUUGGUUACCUUUGACUUGCAUUGUAUAGACAAAAACAAACACUGAGACAUUUCUCAAAAUGUCUUUUUGUGUUCCACAGAGGUUUGGAAUGACAUGAGGGUAGUAAACUGGUUUUAAUUACGGUAUGAAAAACAACAUAACACCAGUACAACUGCGUGGUGAAUUGAGAGGAGAUCCCUGUUACCUGCAUACAGUUCUGACUAAUGGUUUGAAAACUUUUAAAACUGUUAAUAACACGCAAUUAAUUCUUUAACUGGGCAAAUAAACGUCCGUUGAGCGGCCGUUAACAGAGUCCUGAGACGUUGAAGAGGAACGCAACGAGGAGAAAAUACUAUAGCAGACAGAGCAAAUUCACCAUGCGUGAAAUAUUGAAAAAAGUCCUAAAUAUUGAAUUGGGGGUUUAUAUGAAUGUAGCUAGGAUGGUAAUUGACGGUCUAAAGAAAAGUUUAACUGAUUUUUUCUUUUCAUCUUACCUCCUUAUUGACCGUAUUUAGCCCUGCCCCUUUUCGCGCUGCGUGUGUCGUCUUCUGUCUUCCGGUUGUUUUUUCACAGCGAUCUGACGGAUUUAUGAAUGAACCGCGUGUUUUAAAAUCUUCCUGGUCUACCGACAUUUAAGACAAUUGCUUUAAACAUUACAGUGCUCAUGAUAACUUAACUCUACAAUACAUAAAUCCAUUUUAUCAGCUAAAUUACUCUUAGACAGCAAUGCCAAACGGAAGUUUAAAGACCGUAUACUAAAGAUGGUGUGGAGCUUGUUUCUCUGAAGAAUAAGAUCAACGCAGCCUGCUUUGUUUACAGCAGUAACGAGGAAACAUGUUUGUUUCUCAUAAACAAAGCAGCAUAAUUUCACAAAGCUAAAGUCAGAGCUUUUUUUUUUUUUUUGCUCUAAAUUUUGAAAUGAUACAUUCUAACUUGCAUCAAAAACUGCUCAUGCCGCAUGUCGAAUGUUUGUUUGGAUUAUGAUUAAAAUGCAGUGGUUCUGCAAAACAGAUUCUUGGUCAAACCGCCCAGCACUACACGAGGGUGAGAAAAUGCUGAAAGAAUGUUCGUUUUUGGGUGAACUAUCCAUUUAAGCACUGAUGCUUGAUUCAUUUUCUCAGGAUCAGUAAAGUCAUUCUGUCGCAUUCCAUGCUCAGGUCUAUUUAUGACUAGUUUUAGAUUCAACAAGGGUUCAGGUUUUAGCUUAACCAUUAAUCUCACAGUAAUCCUUAUCGAUUAUGGUCUCAAAGCUAUUCCGGAUACAAUAGUAUUGGGUUAUUUAUGUUCACUUGCAUUUCCAUAAAUCUGAAUGGAUGCAGAUGGUCAUUUCAGCAUUUGUUUUCUUUUAUUUAUAUAAUAUUAUUAUUAUUAAUAAUAUUAAUAUUAUAUUUUAUGUAUUAGAUCACUGUCGUGCGGCAACUUUUGUACUGUUAACGUUUUUGAUUUCACAAAUAUUCUGUGAUGUUUGUUGUCUCAAUGCAUCAAGCUAACAAAUGAGUUUGUGAUUGAUGUAUGACGCCAUCAUUUUUAAAAUCUCCACUGAACUGACGUUACGCUGGCACAGCUUUACCCUCCUCCAAAUAAGUCUGUGAUUGGAUUUGGUGAUUUCAGAGGGCAUUAGAUAUCAAGUAAUGUAAACCAAUGUAACUGUAUGCCUUUAUGUUUGUGGGUCUUGUGUAGAACUAAUCUGUUUUUUAAGCUUGGUUAGUCUGGUGAAUAAUUCAUAGUGUUAAAUGUACUAAACGUUAGGCUUUCGAAUGUACGACCCGUUUUUGUUAGUGAUGAAAUUUUGAAUUUUAGCGUGAUGUCAUGCUGAAAAAAAUAGCACCUUUGAUAUUUGCCCAUCUCAGUGCUUUUCCCCUAAAAUAUGCUUUUUUUGUGGAUUUUUUCAACUGUUUUGUUGUUUGAAAUGAUUUGCUCUAGUUAGUCGUUUUUUAAAAUCUAUUUGAAUCGUUGAAUCCGAUACCAUUUUAAGCAAAUUACUUUUGAGACUGCUUGAAAUUGCUGGACAUUGGUACAUAAUGUUUUGCUCCCUUAUUUAUUGACAUUUCAUCGUUUUUAGUUGACUGUAAUGCUUUUGAAGGCAUUCUGUCAAUGUAAUACACAAAUUUUUAUUGGACAGUGAUGAACUAAUGGUGCUACACCUCAUGUCACUGCGGACGUGAACAACUGUAAUCAAUUAGGCAAAAUUGUUCCCAAGAGAACAGUAACAAUAAAAGUGUCUUUUUAAAUAUUCUGUUAUAAUAUUUUGGUUUCUUUUUAUUGUAUUUUAAUUGUAUUAUAUUUUACCAUUUUUGCAUUUGAUAUAAUGUUUUCCCAUUAUGACUUAAAUAAUUUAUAAUGUACUCCAGACAGAGAAUACUUUGAAUUUAAAAAUCAUAAAGCUGGAAAAUUCUAUCCAUUAAAUCACAGUAAUGUAAUAUGCUAAAUCAUCCACCGUGAAUACGUAUUCUAAUCAAUGUGCACAAUGUUUUCAUUCUGUUCAGCUGCUGCACAGACACUGUGUAAUGAAAAUUAAUUACCAUUAUAAUAUGACUCUUUUUUUUUUUUUUUUUCUUCAGCAGCUUAAUUAUAUUUUAUUCAUUGAUAAUCAAGUGUUAUAUCACUUUAGACUGCAUCAUGUGUAUUUGGUUCAUUCUACUUAUUCUUUAAAAAAAAAAAAAAAAAAACAGGUAAACCGAGUGGAAUGAUUUCUGAUGUUUUAUGACGUAUCUUUAUUUUACAAUCAUAAUAUGUAUAUCUUAUAAUUUCUUAGCAUUUGUUGCUCUUUGUUUUAUGGAUUUAUGUAAUCAUUUUUUUAAUCUUUUAACUGUGCACAUUGAUUAGAAAGAAGUGGGAGGUGUUGGUCAGGGUUUUCUUUUUUCCCACAUUGGCUGGAGAGUGAUGUUUUUUUUUUUGUUUUUUUUUGUAAGCACCCGAACUGUGGUGUAUUUUAAUUGUUAUUUUGCAUUUUAUGUUGUCAGCUUUGUCGUGAGAUGUGGGGGUGGAAAAAUGUGUACAUGAAAAUAUUUGUACCUUUUUUUUUUAUUUUUUUUUUUUUAUCAAUACUUUGAUUGAAAGUCUUGUUUAACUAUGUAAUUCUACUGCUAAAUCAUUUUGCAUUCUUCUGCUUUUAGCAUCUAUAUAAUUUUUGUUUGUUUUAAGCAAUGAAACCGCAUGUGGAUGUACUGUAGAUCACGUGCAUGUGACAUUAAUUUUGCCUUGUCUGGUUCAUCUAGUCAUGAUUAGUCCAGUAAUGAUGGUUGAUCAUACAGUAAGUAGAAUGUAUCUCCUUUUGUGAUGAAAUACUGAGAUUCAGUUUAAAAUUAAUCUCUUUUAAGCUAUGUUCUCUUGUUAAACCAGCACAUUCUUACAUUUAAAGCAGAUGCUUUGUUGAUAAAUUCAUUUCGUUGAGCUACUAUUGUCAGUAAAGUGCAAAGAAUUGUAUGAUUUUUGCAAGAACCAAAUUGAAAUGAGUGUUUGUCAUUGUGCCCUUAUAGGACCAUAUUAGUUAUUUUUUCUUUGAAAAUGGGUGAAUGAGAUAUGGUAGUAUUUUGUAUCUUUGUUUUUGUUUUUUUGUUUUUCUGGACUGGUUUUGCUGCUAAUGUUUGUCUUAGGCUCUGGCUCCUGUAUGAGUUUUAUUAAACUGGCCCACCUAAAGAUUCCAAUUUGCUGCCAUUGAGAAAAAAAGCUGCUUUUGCAUUUGUUUUAUAUCUGUAUCUGCCUGACGUUUUCAUAUUUUUGUAAAAUAAAUAUUCCAGUGUGUAAAA